AUGGCUGAGUCGUCCACGCCGUCGAAGAUUGAGCCUGAGGUGUCGGAGGCUGCUGAUCGCCCUGAGCCGCCGGCGGAUCCACCCGCCGAUGGGGAGGAGGACAACAAGGCCGCUGCGGCGGAGGAUCAAGUCAAGACUCCGUUUUUCGCGAGCUAUAUGAGAAUCCUCGCCUACGGCACCGGCAACUAUGGCUGGCUGCUUAUGAUCGUGGCGCUUGGAUGCGCGAUGGCGUCUGGAACUACUCUACCGCUUAUGAAUAUUAUCUUUGGCGACCUCGUUGGCGAUUUCAAUGAGUACUUUAUUCCCGGCUCGGAUACCACCGAGGAGGAGUUCAAGGAUGCCGUUAGUAGGAGCAGCUUGUUUAUCGUAUACCUCUUCAUCGGUCGAUUCGUCCUUACCUACGUCUCCAUGUUCUCCUUCCGGAUGAUAAGCCUAAAAGCCUCAUCUGCCCUCCGCCUCCAAUACAUGCAAGCUCUCUUCGCCCAACCCGUCAGCAAACUCGACGAAAUCUCCGUCGGAACCGUAACAAACACCAUAACCGGCCUGUCAAACACAAUGCAGCAGAGCGUCUCCGACAGACUGGCCAUCCUCUUCCAAGCGAUCGCCCUCCUCAUCUCCGCGUACGCGAUUGCCUUCCGAUACUCGUGGGCACUGACGCUUGUCGUUAGUUCGGCGAUAUUAUUCGUCGUACUGGGGUUCAGCUUGACAGUCCCGAUUCUCGUUCGCGGUCAACGGGACGUUGAUCUUGCCGAUGAGAAGCAUGCGAGUAUCGCUGCGGACGUGUUUAGUUCGAUCCGGACGGUCUUCUCGCUUGGUGCCGAAGCCUCUUUAUCCCAGAGAUAUGCCGAAUGGGUUGAGGAGGCUCGGCGCCGCGGGACGAGGAUGGCCCUCGUCACGGGAAUCCAUCUUGCUCUCCUGUUCUUCAGCAUGUACGCGAGCUUCGCGCUGGCGUUUUGGUUCGGGUUGAAACUGUACCGUGAUGGGCACAUUCCGGAUGUGGGGACUGUUAUUACCGUCUUCUUCUCCGUCCUAAUCGUCGUAACGAUCAUGGGCAACAUCGCCAGCCCGCUAAUGGCAAUCACAAAAGCCGUCAGCGCCUCGGGGUCCUUCUUCUCCGUCAUCGACUCGGAACGGCCAUCGUCCGCCGGACUGAAGGACCCCGACGUCUCCGCGCACACGGACAUCGUCUUCGAAGACGUCACCUUCGCCUACCCCACCCGCGCCGAAGUCCCCGUGCUAAGGGCCUUCAACGCGCGCUUCGCGCAGGGGAAAACGACGGCGCUCGUUGGGCCGUCGGGGUCGGGGAAGAGUACGAUUGUUGCCCUUGUCGAGAGGUGGUAUCAGCUUGAACCCCCAUCAUCCUCCGAGGACUCGGAGAAAAGCGAAGCCCCGACGGCGGGGAAGAUUACAGUCGACAACCGCGACAUCAACUCCCUGGACCUGAAAUGGUGGCGAGGACAAAUCGGGCUCGUGCAGCAGGAGCCGUUCUUGUUUAACGACACGAUAUAUAAUAAUGUUGCCUAUGGGCUUAUUGGAUCACAGUGGGAGGCGGGGACUGAGGAGGUGAAGAAGAAGCUCGUUGUUCAGGCUUGCGAGGAGGCGUUUGCGGACGAGUUUGUGCAGCGCUUGCCUUUGGGCUACUCGACCAUUGUCGGCGAAGGCGGGAUUACACUCAGCGGCGGGCAGCGCCAGAGACUUGCGAUUGCCCGAGGAAUCGUUAGCCAGCCUCCGAUCCUCGUGCUAGACGAAGCAACGAGCUCGAUUGAUGUCCGUGGUGAGAAAGUUGUACAAGCUGCGUUAGAGCGUGUUUCGAAAGAUCGAACGACGAUCAUGAUUGCGCAUCGGCUGUCUACUGUUCGGAAGGCGGAUCAUAUUAUUGUACUCAAGGAUGGCACGAACGUUGAAGAAGGCACGCAUGAGUCGCUCCUCGCACUUCAGAGCGUGUAUCAUGGCCUUGUUCAUGCUCAACAGCUUGACCCGCUGUCGGAGGUUGGCGAUGGGAUUGCAGUGGACGAGGCGCAUCCUCAGACCCUUAACGCAUCUGCCAUUGUUGAGGACGAAGUUAAGGUAGACGACGACGCCCAAGAGAAGACUACAAAGACCAAAGACAUGGGUAUCCUGAAAGCCCUUGGCGUUCUCGCUCGCGAGCAGCGGGGUCACUGGUGGAUAUAUGGCAUCAUCAUGGUUGCGGCCAUGGGGGCCGGCGCCGCGUAUGCCGUUCAAAGUUACCUCUUCGCGAAACUCAUCGAGGUAUUUCAAUUCACAGGCCAGAAGCUCGCAGAUGCCGCGGACUUUUGGGCUCUUAUGUUUUUCGUCCUUGCGCUCUGUGUCGCGGUCUGCUACUUUACCCUCGGAUUCAGCGCUGUUGUGAUCUCACAAUUUAUAACAACCUUCUACCGAAAAGACUACUUCCGCAGCAUCCUCCGCCAACCAAUCCCCUUCUUCGACGAAGGCAACAACGCUUCUGGCAGCCUCAUCGGCCGGUUAUCCAGCGACCUCAAACAGUUGCAAGAACUCUUCGGCCCCAACGGAGUCUUCCCACUGGUCUCAAUCUUCACAGUCGUAGGCUGCGUGGCAGUCUCCUUUUCCUUCGGCUGGAAACUCGCAGCGGUUGCAUUCUUCGCGGCUCUCCCGUUUAUCUUCCUUGCAGCGUUUAUGCGGAUCCGGUACGAGAUCCAGUUUGAGAAUAUGAAUGCGCAGGUGUAUGCGGAGAGUUCGCAGUUUGCUGCGGAGGCGAUUCGCGCCUUCCGGACGGUCACUGCCCUUACGAUGGAGGAGUAUAUCCUGGGUAGGUAUGGGCGGUUACUGGCAGAACAGAGGGCCAAGUCGAUGCGCAAGGCGUGGUAUGCGACGCUUAUCUUUGCGUUUUCGGAUAGUGUGGACUUUUGCGCGAUGGCUUUGACGUUUUGGUACGGCGGUCAACUCCUCGCAUCGAGGGAGUACGACAUGGUCCAGUUCUUCGUCGUAUACAUUGCAAUCAUCCAAGGUGGGCAGACCGCUGGUCAGUUCUUUAGCUUUGGACCGAAUAUCGCGCAGGCGAAAGCGUCUGCGAACCGCAUCUUCCAGGCGAGGAAAACGCCCAACUCACCCUCCCCCCCUGCAGAAGAUGCCCCCAAGGACGUAACGCCGUCUGGCGAACUCACACCCACAUCAACAGACAUUGAAUUCCGCAACGUCUCCUUCAACUACGCGACGCGCUCGGCGCCUGUGUUCCAAGACUUGAACCUCAAGAUCGAAAGCGGCCAAUUCGUUGCUCUGGUGGGACCUUCGGGCUGCGGCAAAUCAACCGUCGUCUCGCUGCUCGAGCGGUUCUACGAACCUACACAAGGAACAAUCCUCUUCGGCGGACAACCCAUCGACACAAUUGACCUAGCGGCAUACCGCCGUAGUAUCUCUCUCGUCGCGCAGGAACCAAAGGUGUUUAACGGGACAAUCCGCGAAAACCUUUUGCUAGGCAUCGAACCCACCUCCACCGAUGCCGCGGACACCAAAGAUCUGGAAGAACGCAUGAUCUCCGCCUGCCGCUCCGCCGAGAUCCACACAUUCAUCACCUCCCUCCCGGACGGCUACGCCACGGAACUCGGCACAAACGCCUCGGCGUCACUAAGCGGCGGGCAGAAACAGCGCCUAUGCAUCGCGCGCGCCCUCCUCCGUAACCCGCGCCUCCUCCUCCUCGACGAAGCAACGUCGAGUCUGGACUCGCAGAGUGAGAAGCUUGUCCAACAGGCGAUGGAACGGUUGGCGGGACGGCGCGAGCUGACGAUUGUGGCUGUUGCGCAUCGGCUGGCGACGGUGCAGAAGGCGGAUGUUAUUUUUGUUUUUGGGGAGGGGGGGCCGGGGAUGGGCUCUAGGAUUUUGGAGAAGGGGACGCAUGCGGAGUUGUUGAGAUUGAGGGGGGCGUACUGGCAGAUGUGCCAGGCGCAGGCGUUGGAUCAGUAG